CCCAGAAGCAGUCACAUGACGCUCUGGUUUGAUUUGUUAACGCCGAGCAGCCGAUGAGAGGUGUCGGAGAGAGUUUGCGGACUCAAAGCCGUCUCGCUUGUCUCUGAAACUGAUGAGUAGUGUUCUUCACUGUUGUUAUAAGUGAGUUUGCUUCAGUGAUGUCCGCCGGGGGUCUGUUGGUGUGUUUGCUGGCUGUGUUUCAGCUCGGCUCUCGGGCUCAGUACGCUCCUGAUGAGGUAACUUACCUGCCAGGUAUGACGUUCAAGCCCAACUUUCGUCAGUGGUCGGGAUACCUCCAGGCACGGCCGGGAAAGUUUUUCCAUUAUUGGUUUGUGACCUCUCAGAGGGACCCAGUCAAAGACCCUCUGGUGCUCUGGCUGAAUGGAGGCCCAGGUUGCAGCUCGCUGGAUGGAUUCCUGUCAGAGAAUGGUCCAUUUCAUGUAAAUGAUGACGGGGCCACACUGUAUGAGAACACGUUCAGCUGGAACAAGAUUGCCAAUGUGCUGUAUGUAGAAUCUCCUGCAGGAGUGGGGUAUUCCUACUCUGAUGACAAAGACUACGCCACUGAUGAUGACCGGGUUGCUGAUGAUAAUUACAGAGCCUUGCAGAGUUUCUUUACCAAGUUCCCAAACUUCACUCAAAAUGAGUUCUUCAUCUUUGGGGAAAGUUACGGUGGAAUUUAUGCACCAACCCUCAGCCUGCGUGUGGCUACUGGAAAAGCCAAAAUCAACUUCAAGGGCUUUGCAGUGGGGAAUGGUAUCAGUAGCUUUGAUCUCAAUGACCAGAGUUUGAUCUACUUUGGUUACUACCAUGGCCUCUUUGGAGAAGAUUUGUGGCGUGACCUGAACAUAAACUGCUGUGACAAGGGGAACUGUAACUUCUUUAACUCCAGUUCAUCAACCUGCAGGAUAUUUGUUGACGUAGCCUUUGGUAUUGUAUAUAAUAGCGGGGUUAAUGAGUAUGCCCUGUAUUUGGAUUGUGAGGGUGGCAGAAGUUUCCACAAAGGCUAUGAGAUGACCAUGAGCCACCUCUUCAGGAACUACCGGAAACUCUCACACACCUACAAGUUUUCAGAUCAAUUGCCUCCCACCGUGUCUCUGAGAAAAGUCCCUCCCUGCAUCAACAGCACAGCUCAAAUGAAUUGGCUGAACAGAGGCGACGUGAGGAAAGCUUUACACAUUCCAGAUAUACUGCCACCAUGGGACAUCUGCAAUGAUGCUGUUGGAGGGAAUUACACCAGACUGUACCCAACAGUGAAGGAUGUGUAUCUGAAGCUCCUCUCUCUAAAACUGCGGGUGCUCGUCUACAACGGAGACACCGACAUGGCCUGCAACUUCCUGGGAGACAAGUGGUUUGUGGAAGACCUCGGCCUGAAGCCGACCACUGACUACCAGUCCUGGAUUUAUGACGACCAGAUUGCUGGCUUCUAUGAGCAGUAUGGAAACAUUACUUUUCUGACAGUCAAGGGUGCGGGUCACAUGGUUCCUCAGUGGGCUCCAGGUCCAGCUUUUCACAUGUUCCAGUCUUUCAUAACAAACGGAUCCUACUGAGCCACAAUGUCAUACCUGCACUCUUCACUUGUUAGUAGGGAUGCAGCGAUUAACAGAUUUCAUUAUUAAAAAUAACCCGGCUACACCGAGUGUUUCUGUCACUUCCAAUUAACGAUGUAGCGGUGAAUUAAGAGCUGCAGAUGGCACUAUGUUGUGGGAUAAAUGACAAUUAACAUGAAACAGAUUUUUUUUUUCAUCAGAUUAUAAUUGUCAAAUCAAAAUCUAUAAUCAUUGCAUUCUUACUUGGUACUUUUUUCUCAGGGAAGAUAAUUUUGGACCGUUUGUUGUCCAUAAGGUGCAUGAAACUGUUUUCUGUGCCACUGUAAAUAGAUAAGACAUGAUUGUUCAGAGUGUAAAUGACAAUGCUCAAACUUCAUUCCACUUCCAUUUGUGUCUUUAUUAAAAGAACUGCCAGUAACAUGGAUUGUCAGAUUUG